AUGGUUGAUACGAAGAUGAGAUCCAUAUUAUGGGUAUUAUUGUUGUUGUUUGGUUGUUUUGUGAUUGUUUCUGGUGAAAGACAGCUUGUGAAAAUUCAAGUACCAAGUUUUAAUGUUACUUCUAUGAUUCAAGAACAUACUAGUUUUCUCACGAAAGCUGUUAAUUUGUUAUGGAAAUCUGAUGGAUCGGGAUAUACACACGUGUGGCCGGAAAUGGAGUUUGGGUGGCAAAUAGUGUUGGGUUCUUUUAUUGGAUUUUGUGGGGCUGCGUUUGGGAGUGUUGGUGGAGUUGGUGGUGGUGGCAUAUUUGUUCCUAUGCUUAGUCUUAUUAUUGGUUUUGAUCCUAAAACAUCUACGGCUAUUUCUAAAUGUAUGAUCAUGGGAGCAGCUCUGUCUACUGUUUACUACAACCUUAGGCUAAGACAUCCUACCUUAAACAUGCCAAUAAUUGACUAUGAUUUGGCACUUCUGAUUCAACCUAUGCUCAUGCUUGGUAUCAGCAUUGGAGUGGUCUUCAAUGUUGUUUUUCCUGAUUGGAUGGUUACUAUAUUGCUCAUUAUUCUUUUCUUAGGAACAUCAACAAAAGCAUUCUUUAAAGGAAUGGAGACAUGGAAUAAGGAAACCAUAAUGAAAAAGGAGGCUGCUAGGAGACAAGAAUCAGUUGGUUCAGGAGAAUACAAAGCUCUUCCAACUGGACAAGAUGUUGUCACUGAAAAAGAAGACACCAAGGUGUCUGUGUUUGAAAAUGUUUACUGGAAGGAGUUCGGGCUACUGGUAUUUGUUUGGGUUUCAUUCCUUGCACUACAGAUUGCUAAGCAAAACUACACAACUACAUGCUCCACGGCAUAUUGGGUACUGAACUUGUUGCAGAUUCCAACCGCGGUUGGGGUAACUGCAUACGAGGCAACUAUGUUGUUCACCGGAAAAAGAGUAAUAGCUUCUGUUGGUGAUCAAGGGAAAGAAUUUACAGUUUUCCAGCUAGCGAUCUAUUGUGUCUUCGGCCUGUUGGCCGGUAUAGUUGGUGGAAUGCUGGGACUAGGAGGGGGAUUCAUUAUGGGUCCACUUUUUCUUGAGCUGGGUGUUCCUCCUCAAGUGUCGAGCGCGACAGCCACGUUCGCGAUGACAUUCUCCUCGUCUAUGUCUGUCGUGGAAUACUACUUGCUCAAACGAUUUCCAGUUCCUUAUGCUCUUUACUUAAGCAUGGUGGCUACUAUUGCAGCCUUGGUUGGACAACAUAUUGUGAGAAGGCUUAUCAUAUUAUUUGGAAGAGCAUCUCUUAUCAUCUUUAUUUUGGCCGGCACAAUAUUUAUCAGCGCGGUCUCACUAGGUGGAGUUGGCAUUUCAAAUAUGGUCCACAAGAUUGCAAUGCAUGAAUAUAUGGGAUUUGAGAAUAUCUGCAAGUAUGGGUCAUAG